GUUUGACAGUGUGGUGUGAGUGUGUAUGUAUGUGUGUAGGCAGAGUGAGUCUUUCUGGUCCUGUUACUCUCUACACUCCCAUAUUUGAAUAAUUGUUGUAUUUAAUUGAAAUUCAUUCUAAAAACAGUAGUUGUUCCCUUGAAAAGGCACCAUGAUUAGAAAGACAGAUCCAGUGGAGACAAAUAUUGACCUGGGAGACACUGAUGAUGAAGACCUUGAUGCAGACCUGUAUGAGGAACAUGAGGAGCCUCAGCUGCUAUGGAAGGCUGAACUGGGGGACAGGAUGGAUGAGGUGGAAGCUGUGUCCCCGUUAGUGGAUCUUAGUGACACCAAGCCCCUCCUGAAUGAGAGAGACCCUCGAGGAGUCAACGAGUGUUUGAAGGUGAGCUUUGAGGAUGUGAUAGCAGAGCCGGCGUCAGUACGUAGCGGAGACAGAGUGUGGAUCUGGAGCAACGCCCUGUUCGAGGUCACCAGGGUCUGGAUCUACCGCAUAGUGACCGUCCUGCUGGCCGUCCCUGUAUCCAUCAUCACCGGACUGAUCUUCGCCAUCCUCAGCUUCCUACACAUAUGGUUCUUUAGCCCAUUCGUGCAUCAUAUCCUUAUAAUCACAUACUGGCUGCAGAGCCUAUGGAGCAUCGUACUGGACAUUGGUGUCCGCCCAUUCCUCACUAGUGCAGCAAAGUGCUACGAUGGAAUCAGACUUCGCCUGACUCUGGAAUGACAGAAUAUUGGACCUUCACACAAAAUCAAGGAUUUGGAAUAUGGGCUUGUUCCCAAUGUUACCCUACUAUGGAAUGUCCUCUUGGGAGACUAUCAGGCCUGGGCAAAGUAUUUGUAGGAUGCUCUAGGAUCAGACCAGGGGCACAACUACAGGCUUUUUGGUGGAUCAUGGGAUCUUACAACUGAACUGAGAUCAGUGUGAUUGAUCAAAACUGGAUACUUUUUAAAAACAAUUUCCAACAAGGUGAUUGGUUACUUAUCUAAGAUGUCGUCAGAAGUUAAGGUGAAAAGGGGAAUGUGUAAAAGAUUCACACUCAUUUAGGAUAAUGUUGUAUCUGGUAUGCACUUGAACUGUGCUUUGAGUUGUCCUUUUCUCAUGUGAUAGUGUCAGAUGAUUCCCAUGUUUGAUGAACACAUUCAGUAUUAUUCAGACAGCACUGGUGUAUAGUGUUAUUUCACUAAAACCUGACCACACAGUUCAAAAUGUGACUCCACAAUUUUUUGUGGUAGAGUAGAACAUUAACGUUUACUAUAGCUUUACUUUUAUCAUAUAUAUUCUGAUGCAAAUUGGAUUGCAGGAUAUCUCAAAUAAAGUGUUAAAGAUUUUGAUUAAUAUGCAGCAAUAUCAGAUUUGUUUUCAUAUACAAAACCAUUCAAUUGAAAUAUCCCCUAUUCUUCUAAGAGACACAACUUUUCUCAAUAUCAAUGUUGUACUCAGUACAGUAAUACGAUUCAAGUAGCUGGGUUCUUGUUAUUGAAUUAUGACCUGAUUAUGUCAUCAGCCAUUCUUAUGCUAACAUCUAGUACCUCAUUACAUCUUCACUUCACAGCUCAGGGUCUGGACGCUGCUCUCUUCCUCCCUGGAAAGGCCCCUGCCUUCCCAGAAUAGGAAAUGGAGCACUUCAAUGAAUUAAACUAGCACAGGCAAACUCCCUGUAUUUGAAGUGAAUCGUGUUUCACACACACAACUGGCCUGAAUGUUUAUUGCUUGACAGUACUCAGUGGUACCACUCAAGACCUCCUCUAUGAGGUGAGGAGUUUGUCCUGUAGUGAAUGUUAUCAUGAGAAAAGCAGAUUUUACAUAAUCAGGUCACCAUGGGUGAGAAGGAAUAUAUCAAACGUUUGGAUUUUAAUGUACCACUUUUAAAAAACAAAAUAUCCUCCCCAUGGACAUGACAAACAACCAUGGACAUGACAAACAACCAGGGGAAACUAUGGUUGACAUUUAGUUUUGUUUUAAACCAUUUCAUAAUAAAGCCAU